GUGUUUCCUAAUUCAACACCGCAGCCUUCUUCGGACAGAUAAGGCGCAAAUUGACAAAAGUAGUGACUGAGGCGGGCAGUUGACAAUCUUAGUCUGAGUUUGAUGGAAGGAAUGAAUGCAAUCUUCGUAAAAAUGCAACCACUGUCUGAUCUUACUCUGGGAUGAUACAGCCAGGUAGUUAAUGAUUUUUUUUUAGGUAGGGCUAAAUGGGAGCGUUGUACACUGUCUGUUGCUGUAGGCAGUAUUUUCAACAUGACGGAGACGAGAAGAAUGCUAUUUUACGGGUGCAGGGUGGCAGGGCCAGUGAGUCCAGCGGGAGUGAGCCAAGCCCGGAUUGUGUCUCUGGGGAACAGCAGGACUGGAACCCCUGGAAGAGCCCCCAGAUGUCCACUGGACCAGUUGCUUCAGACAGGGAGCUGCAGGUGUUCCUCUCCAUGAGGAACCAGGCAGAUAAGGAUACUGAGGAGUGGGAGAAGCUAAACUAUGACAUCCACACUCUGAGGUGUGCCCGACGAGAGGUCAGCACCAGGUGGAGGAAGAUCCUGCAGCAGCUUGGCUACGAGCGGGAGGUGGAGUCGUUGCUGUGUGUGAAUAAAACGAGCAGCAUGAGUUCGAGGAGCCUGGUCCAGGCCAGAGAACUGCUCCACACCCUUAUGGAGGACACCAGCCUGUUCCCACAGGGGGUGUCUCCCCAGGACAGAUACCUCUUUGUCAUGGAUAGAUUGGUGUCUCUUGAUAGUGCUGAAGACUUCAUAACACUGGCCAAGCAGAAGUACCCAAAGAGAGAGGUGUGAAUGGGGAGAGAGAGAGGGAGGGAGAGAGAGAGAGAGAGAGAGAGGGAUAGAGCAAAGGAGAGAGAGAUCUUGUGCAUGUGAAUGAGAGUGAGUGUACGUUUCAUUGCUUCACAAAAAGGUUUUUUGUUAAAGUGCUUUUUUUUUUUUUACCUUAGUUGAGUUCUGUAGCACAUCCCCAAUCAACUUUGUAUUUUUUUACUAAAAACUUUUAUUUAUCAAAUAAUAUGUUUGAAUUGCACAUGUAACACAUUAAUUAGGAUGAAAUAUAGUCCAAUAAAA